GUGUUGCCUAAAUAGACAAAGUACGCUUUUUUCCUCCUCUUCUCUCUUCUUUCUUCUUCUUAUAUUUUUGAUCGACAAUGAGCAAUAUAUUAUGGAAAAAGAAAGUUAUUGAGCCAGAAGUGCAAUUAUCCGAGCGAGAUGCUAAAGUCCUUGAUAAAUAUACCCGUAAAAUGAAGAAGUUUGACGAAAUGAUUAAAGUUUGUUGUUGCUGGGUAGGAUAUGAUAUAUUAUUAGAGUUUAUUCCAAUCUUUGGUAAAGUUAUAUCGAUGCUGUUUGCCCUAUCGCUUUACCGUUUAGCUUGUCAGUGUGAUUUACCAAGGUCGAUAAAGCGUCGAAUGUUAUAUCACGUCAGUGUGGAUUUUUUGCUUGGCUUGAUUCCCAUUUUAGGUAUCUUAUUGGAUAUGUUGUACAGAGCACACAGUAAAAAUGCCCGGAUUUUGAGAAGGUUUCUAUACGAAAGAGCAAGGCAGGGUGCAGCGAAAGCUGAAACAGCUGCUUUGAAUGUUGGUGUAGGUGAAGAACACCAGCGCUUAUCUGAUCCAACCAGUGUAUUGAUGGAAAAAGAUCGACAACAGUCAAAUUAGGCAAUUAGCGGGAUUGCAAGUUAUUUUAUUGCAAGUGUGAUAAAAUGGUAUAAAGAAACAUGUAAAAAUGGCAUAGUGUUAAUAAAAGAGAGAUUCAUAUUGUA